CCUCGGGCGCCGCACGGCCGCAGCUACAGCCGCCAUGGCCAAGGCCAAGGCCACGGCCGAGGACGCGGACGCCGCUAGCCCUGAGGAACCGCGCGCGGAGGACGCGGCGCGCACGUGCUGCGGGUGCCGCUUCCCGCUGCUGCUGGCGCUGCUGCAGCUGGCGCUGGGCAUCGCGGUGACCGUGGUGGGCUUCCUCAUGGCUGGCACCAGCUCCUCCCUGCUAGUCAGAGACACUCCAUUUUGGGCUGGGAUCAUUGUCUGCUUGGUAGCCUAUCUUGGUUUGUUUAUGCUCUGUGUCUCAUAUCAAGUUGAUGAACGGACAUGCAUCCAGUUUUCUAUGAAACUCUUCUAUUUCCUGCUGAGUGCCCUGGGCCUGAUGGUCUGUGUGCUGGCCGUGGCCUUUGCUGCCCACCACUAUUCACAGCUGGCACAGUUCACCUGCGAGACCAUCCUGGACUCCUGCCUGUGCAAGCUGCCAUCCUCUGAGCCGCUCAGCAGGACCUUUGUUUACCGGAGUGUGACCGACUGCAGCAGCAUCACCGGCACUUUCAAACUGUUCUUAAUCAUCCAGAUGGCUCUGAACUUGGCCUGUGGUCUUGUGUGCUUGGUGGCCUGCUUUGUCAUGUGGAAGCACAGGUACCAGGUCUUCUAUGUGGGUGUCAGGACAUGCUCCUUCACCACUUCCCCAGGCCAGCGGCAGAAGGUCUAACCUCCAAAGUCUAACGGCACACUGAUGGCUGGGGCGAAAAACAACAUUUUCUUUUUAAAAGAAAUGUUUGACAAUAAAUGACUAGUCACUGCUUUAAAUGAAUCUUUUCAUAUUUUUCACACCAAAAAAAAGAGCAUUUCUUCAGGUUUCUAUAGUAUUUUAAAAAUAUUCUUGCGAGGAAAACAAAAGCCAAGUUGAUUUGGGGAAUAUAAAAACAUGAAAAGAACAUUGAACAGGGAAAGAGUGAUGUAGAUCUGUCUUCACGGUCUGGAGUUACUCCUAGCACUCAUUUUCACACUACUUAUACAGCCUCUCGUAAUCCAGUUUGGCCAUGUGAACUGGCAUCUCAGGCCCACUUAGGAGACUAUGUAGUGUUUUCCUGCCCUUCCCACCAACCGCUAUUAUCUUGGAUGAAGGCAGAGUAGGGAACAGAUGAAUCUCCAUGUUGAAUCUUUUGCUUCUCCUGGUAGAGAUGUCUUCAAGGUAUGAAAUAGCUUUAAAAGGCAGAGUAGAAGAGGAAGAGGCUUUGCAAACACCUGGGCCAGGGUGGCAGCUUUCAGCUGCUCUACUUUGGCUCUGUGGAGGGAUCACUUGAUUUGGAUGAUUGUCUGUUUCUUGAUAGUUGAAAGGUGGUGGUAGGUGUAUUCACAAUGAUGUAGAAGUUUAAAGAUAAUUACAUUAUGCUUCUAUUCUGCCGUCUAAAACAAACCAUCAAAACUAAUUCCUAGCUAAUUGUUAAUUAUAAUUAUGCUCAGAAGUCUAUUUAAUGAGCACUGGCUGUGCUUAGGCAGGUCUUUCAGUGUUCAGAGAAAUUGUCUCACAAGAGUAGAUGCUAAAGAUCCUUUUCUUUGGAAGCUAAGCACCACAAAUUUUUUAAAAAUCAAUACUCAGGUUAAAAAUACUCAAACAAAAAUAAGAGUAUUUGUCAGAGGAAAUGUUUAUACAAAUAGCACAUUUGUGGCAUGUUGAAAAUUUACCUCUUUUGGCAAGCAAGUACCUUUGAGGAAGACUGGGUGCUGCUGAGUUCUAUUCAUAAGCCUGUAACUGAUAUGUGAUCCUGUUACUGAUGGUAUGCUCACUCAACCUAGUGACUGAAAGUAAUGUUUUGAAGUCUUUCUUGAGCAGUAAAUCCAUGGACUGGGAGGGUAGCUUUGGUUUUCUCAUUUUUAUUAUUAUUAUCAUAUUAUUGUUGCAUUGGGAGUGCAUUGUGACUUUUACAAAAGCUCUUACAGUAUGUCACAAUUGAAUUCACCCCUCCAUAAUUCUCCUUUAUCCCCUCCCCCUAUUUCAUUUUGUUUUUGAUCCACCAGGACUUAAGGCACAAGUACCCUAUGAUGGGUGACUUUACUGUAAUUAUUAAAUUCUGAACAAUAUCAAUGUUUUAAGGAAGGGCUCAAAGUGGAAAUUCAUGCAGCAUAAAUACUAUAUAGAAUUUCUGUAUUAGGAGGCUCUACUCAGAGACAUUAAAGAUAACAAUUGGGUUUAAUUUGCCUGUUAACAUCCUCUCCGAAUCAUGGAGUUCUACCUGAAAAGGA